AUGGACCGUCUCUCAACCGAGCUAGACGAAAAGAUCAUCCAGCAACUGGCCGGAAGGGAAGCGUCUGCUCUUUCCAUGACAUCAAAGUACUAUCGAUCGCUUGCAGAACAACAGCUCUACCGAGAGCUCACUUUCUCGACCAAGCAAUGUAUGGACUUGAUGUUGUUACUCGAGACGCUUGUUGAUCGUCAAGAUCUCGCAAAGCACAUUCAUUCCUUCACUAUAACCACAAAUGGGACGCCAGAGUUUACCUUGGCUUUUGACGCUAUAUUCUUCCCCCGCUUCCAGAGUAGAAUCAAUGAGUACGAGCGAGUUAUCUGGGACUUUGUUCCAUCAUCGUCAAGAAGUCGAGCCGAGCGAUGGCUUGAGCAGAUGUAUCAAGGAGAGCAAGUGAUCGACGGACAGCUCGCGGUUAUCUGCUGUCUUUCUGAAAACAUGAAGCAUCUGACACUAGGUGGUGUCUACCCGUCCAGUCUUCCGAUCACCCUGUCAGUCCUCGAAACGUCCUGGAGCAAAGUCAGUGCCGGCUUUCAGAGUAGCGGAGGAUACAGGGGAACAACCUGGAGGUUUAGCAAAGACUCGACCCAGCCUGCAGAGGGCAAAAUACUCUCUCCAGAUGGGAGCGAAUGGUCUAUAGCGGACGGACAUUUGGUGCGAUGCCGAUAG